AACCUUAAGCCCUUUUCAAUCUUCACAUUUUACGGCUUAAAGCUAAUGGGGAAAACCUAGCCGCUUCGAUCAUUUAUGAGUUGCGGCUCUGCUCUUUCAUAUUCAUAAUACUCCUCCUUCAACGAUUUUAAUGGCUUCCUCAAACGAGAGGUCUAGCGGAUUUUCUAUACACAUCGGAACUUCUGUGUAGAGCAAAGCUCCUCUCCAUGUCAAUUGUCUUGCUCCGAUUUUGCAUCACAGUGCUCAUUAACCCUACCGUCAAGAGCAAAGAGAAGGUUUUAGGUGCUUGAAACUGUGGGCAUCUACAACACUCUUGUUGCUCAAUCAAAACUGUAUUAGGAUAUUCUAAUCAUCAACCGCCAGUGCGACACCGAGAUGGAGCCGGAAGUUAUGGAAGCAGAGUUAGUGUUGCCAACUCGAAUGAAAUUCAAGAGAAUUCAAAUGGCCGACAAGUACCCCAAAGGUCAAGCCAGAGGUAGGCACUGGAAACAUCUCAAGCAGAUUAUCCAAGCCGAGAAUUACCAAAAUUACCCUCCAAAUGAACCCACUUACGUUAAUAUUGAAUCUCCCCCUUCUAUGCAUCCAUGCAAAAAGAUAUGCGAUAUAACAGGGUUUGAGUCUGUCACCAAUAUAGUUGGGAUUAUGGCGCUGAUGAUGAUGAGACCCCAACUAAUUUCACGCUCCUUAUUUUGAUCCCAGAACCAACCUCCGUUACGCGAAUACAGAGGUCUUCAAGAUGAUAAGAUCACUUCCUAAUGAUUAUGUUCAGAGAUACCUUACUCUUAGAAAUGCUGCAGUAGUCUUGAAAUAGUUUUUUUUUUGCCAAACUCAUCCAUAACUUGUCUUAGUUAUAUGUUUGACUUGUUGCCGCUUAUAGUCCUCCGACUAAUACUCAUGGUAUUUGACUUUGAAUUUACCACUUCUAGUCCUUCAAAUAUUGUGAGACAGACACUAAUGUUCUUCGACUUUGAAGUUUGAACGUUUCCACUUUUAGUCCUCUAACUAUUGUAAAAAUGACACUUUUGGUUCUUCAAUUUUAUCAUAAUGACAUUAUUAUUAGACCUCCACUUAUUGAGAAGAAAGUUAGGG